GCGUGACACGAAGCACGUGUCUUUUCACCGUUUCCACGAUGUGCGUCGACGCGAAUAAAUACGAUGCACGGUGUGCAAUAGAAUUGUAUACGGAGUGCAGAUGUAGAUUGAGUUGUACAUUGAGUGUAGGUUAGAUUGUCCGGUUGGGUGAGUUACGAAUUUGUCAAGCUAUUGUCGCGUCGCGGAACAGAGUGCAAUUAUCCAAGAGCGCUUAGAAAAUGGCUACAAGGUUGAUGGAAUUGUUUAAUUACGUGCUGGAAGUUGGACCGGUUGAAUCGGCGUGGAGAAAAAUGGACGGAUUGUUACCCGUUGACUUCAACAUGGAUCCUGAUACAGACAGGCCAUCAUGGACGUUGAGGCAGCGCUGCUGGAGAACUCUCCAACACUGUCGACGAUCUCGUCGGAUUGCACCGACACCACGUAUUCGGGGCCGGGCUCGCCCUAUUCCCCGGAAUCGCCCAUCAUCGUCACCUCGUCGUCCUACAAGAAAACAAAGGAUGACGAGGUCACGCCUAGACCGACACCCAGGCAUCCACUACCGCCCAGGAAGCCCAACUUCCGGAUACGACCGCCCUAUCUCAUGAUUUGCAUCAGCAUCAUAGAGAUAGCCGUACACUGUCUGGGAGACGAAGCGAUGCUGCGCAGGUGGUUGGUCUACGACCCCCGUCAGAGGGUGCAAGGAUGGAGGUUCGCCUCGUAUAUGCUGCUGCACUCGAACGCGCUUCACCUUGCGUUGAACGUGGUCAUCCAGCUGGUGCUGGCCACCCCUCUCGAGGUGGAACAAGGUCGAAUAGGAGUGGCAACCAUCUAUUUAGGAGGUGGCGUUUGCGGAGCACUCGGGGCAUCUCUUCUUCAGCCAAGCCUCUUCUUGGUUGGUGCUUCGGCAGGUGUAUAUGCCUUACUUACCAGCCAUCUUGCACACCUUUAUUUGUGUCACGGAGAGCUCCGUUAUGCCGGCUGGCGGCUAGGCGCGGUACUACUCUUAGCCAGUGCGGACGUUGCUUCACUGCCAAUCCCAGCCCUUCUGGGUUGCGGUCGAGUCGGUUGGGCCGCGCAUGUAGCUGGUGCACUGGCAGGACCUCUUCUGGGGCUGGCUGUGUUCCCAAAUCAGAGCAAAAAGGACGCAAGGGGACGACGAUUCGUCAGAUUCGUUCGCCUCUUAUCCGCCAUCAGCGUGAUGCUCCUCGUCGUAGGCGCCAUCUUGGGCAACAUCUACCUGAUCGCUCUUCCACAACUGAGAAAACCAUCCUGACAGAGGAUCGAGCUGCUCGUCAAGCUCUGCAGACGAUCCUUCCUUAUCGUCAAGAUCAGGGAAGCCGCCGAGAGCGUUUUCGAGUAGGUUCUCGCCAAUCUUAUCUCUUUGGAAUGGGAAUAUUUGCCACGUUAUUUGGACCCAGGGAGAAAAUUGGAAUCGUGUGAAAUUGUGAGAAGAAGGAUUCGAGGAUGAAAUCUGAGAUGUGGAUCUUUGAAUUUUGAAAAUUCUUGGAAAUAUUGUGGAUUAUUAAUAAAUAAGGAAAUUUUUUACAAGGUGUGGAUCGGUUGGAAGUGACAUGGUGCUGAUAGUUUGGAAAUGAUUAAGAAGAAAGAUUUCGGAAUUGAAUGGAGUAAGGAAUUAAUUUAUAAAUUGAACUUGGAAGAAAUCUUGGAAGAAU